AUGUCCGAGAAGGAGAACGUUCUGGCCGUCGACCUGCCCGACACCGUCGCCGAGGACCUCGGCCGCGCUGCCAAGGACAAGGAGGUCCGCCUUCAGCGCUUCGCUGCCGAGCAGGCGCUCGAGUUCCUUGAGCUCGCUCGCAAGCAGCUCAAGCCCGUCAAGGGCUUCUGGGCCGUGACUCUGCUCAACCACCCCGGUAUCGCGUCCAUUGCCAGCGCCUCGGACCGUGACGCGCUCACCUACAUCAACGACAUUGAGCUCAUCCAGGACAUCAAGGACCCCCGCGCUUUCGAGCUCAUCUUCCACUUCUCGGAGAACCCCUACUUCACCAACACCACCCUCUCGAAGAAGUACUCGCUCCCCGAGGGUGUCUCUGCCGCCCCCGCCGACGGCUCCAUCACCGAGGAGAUGCGCCUCUUUGAGCCCGAGGACCUCGUCGCUUCGGCUACCGCCAUCGAGUGGAAGGAGGGCAAGGACCUCUGUGCCGCCCAGCCCCGCGGCACCGCCGAGGACGCCGAGGACUUUGACGGUGACUCGGGCUCGUUCUUCCACUUCUGGACGCUCGAGGGCGACUCGUUCAACACUGGCUCGUUCAUCCUCGACGACAUCCUCGACGACCCCCUCCGCUGGUUCGAGGGCGCCGGUGACGACGACGACGAGGAGUUUGGCCUCGACUUUGACGAGCUCGACGACGAGGACGACGACGACGAGGGUUCCGUCGACCUCGAGGACGACGAGGACAAGCCCCCCAAGAAGAAGGCCCGCAGCGACUAA